AUGAAGAUUAAGUUUGACAAGUAUUGGGGUAAUGUUGAUAAAAUGAACAAGAUUUUGAUUGUAGCAGUUGUGCUUGAUCCUCGUUAUAAGUUGGAGUUUGUUGUACAUUGUAUUGGUAUCUUGUAUGACUCUAUUAAGGUUGAAGCCACAAAAACUGAGGUCAUGAAAAUAUUUUAUACUUUGUAUAACCAGUACAAGGGAUGUCAUCGUUCAAAGAAUGGAGCUAGUGGAAGUGGAAGUGAAAGUGGAAGUGGUGGCAAUGAAUAUAAUGAUGGAGUCACUUUGUUGGAGGGUUCAGAUGAUGAUGAUGAUUGGGAUGAUUGUAAUUUUGAUUUUGGGUACAAGAAAAUGGAAACUAGCAAAAUGGAUUUUUCUGGAAAAGAUGAG